AUGUCGGUCACAAAGGAAUAUGUCGAGGAGGUCCUGAAUGGGGUCGCUCUUCGUUACCGAGGUCCUGGAGGUGCCAUCGCUGUUGUCAAAGAUGGCGAACUCAUUGGUCAGCGUGUCUGGGGAUUCGCCGACUUGGACCAACGAAUCCCCAUGACCGCCGACACGCAAAUGCCCAUAUGCUCAAUUACGAAGCAAUUUGUGUGUGCGCUGUUGAUUGAUUUAGAGCGCAAUCCGCCACCCGCCCUGGCUGCCAAAGGCAAUGCUCGAGAGCAGUUCUCCAGUCACCUCAAGGAAAUACUCAGUCCAGAGCUUACCAGUGACGGUGAGCUGACUAUUGAGCGGCUUUGCAAUAUGCAGUCCGGCCUUCGAGACUAUUGGGCUAUGACGACACUCCUAGGUUCCAAGCCGGACGAUGAGUUUUUGAUGGCUAGAGACUGCGGUCCAUUGCUUGCUCGAACCAAGUCGUUCCAGUUCCAGGCGGGGACCGAAUAUUCCUACUGCAACCUCAACUUUCACUUACUUGCCCGAGUGAUCGAACGGGCUACUGGCGAGAGCCUUGGCAAAUUGCUCGAAGAGCGACUGCUGCGCCCAGCUGGUAUGAGCACGGCAUCCCUCUGCCCAAAUACAGCACACCACCCACCACCUUGUGUGGGCUACGAAGGGAAUGAGCAACACGGUUUCACUGCGGCUAUCAAUCGUAUGGAGUGGUCUGGAGAUGCUGGACUAGUCGCUUCGCUGACCGAUAUGAUUGCCUACGAACGGUACCUCGAUAAGUGCUACGCCGACCCACAAAGCUGGUACCAUACUGCCAUUGCCACUUCAAAGUUCAAAGAUGGUAAUGUUGCAAGGUACCGCUAUGGGCUAAGUCACACUGAGAUAGAUGGCGUGGAUACGGUGGGGCAUGGUGGAGCGUUGAGAGGAUAUCGACUUCAUCGGCGACACGCACCACACGAGCGCCUUUCCGUCGUCGUGAUGUCUAACAGUGAUGCCGGCGCUCUCAGUCCCAAUAUUGAGAUUUUCCAGAAGCUCUUACGACGAACUAAAGCCCAGGUGGACCCCGUGCAACCAACUGAAGGCUGGUUCGGCGCUUUCCUUGAUCGGGAUACGCAGCUGUCUAUUGUCGUCACUAAGGGCCCACGAGACGGAGAGGUUGCUAUUAGCUAUGAUGGAGGCCCAGAGCCUAUCAAGCUCAGUACACCAAAUCAGGGCAAAUCGGACUCCAUGCUCGCGACGAUUGAUGGAGAUUCAUUGAGUAUUCAUCGUGUGGGAGACAACCGGGUCCUCAGUGCUCGGCGCAUUGUCCCGAAUAAAUCAAUUGCCAAAUCGACGAUCUUCCAGGGUGUCUACCAUUGUGCCGAAAUUGACUCGACUUUCCAUUGCACUGGCCAGGCUGGCAUGCUAUACGGUGCAUUCGAUGGAUAUCUUGGACGAGGACACGCCGCUCCUAUGAAAUAUCUAGGAGAGGAUGUCUGGGUCUUGGCUUGUCCACGUGGCUUGGAUGCACCGGCUCCAGGGGAUUGGACGUUAAUCUUCCAUCGAGAUGAGAAUGAUUCUAUCCAUGGGCUCACAGUUGGUUGUUGGUUGGCCCGACGGGUUAGCUUCGUGAAGAAGGGUUGA